AAGUUUCAAUGUUCCUCAUUUUUUUCAUUAAAAAUGUUCUAAAUUACUUUUGUAUUCAAUUUUUAAUGAAUAGUUUUAAAAAUCUAAGAGAAUUGAUUAAAUAUUGAAAAAGCCACUAUUAAUCGAAAACAUGUGGAGAUCCACAGUAGGAAAUAAUGUUGAUAUCAAAAACCCAACAGUUGGAAAUGAUGAUGAUGAUGAAUGGGAAACUGAUCCUGAUUUUGUGAAUGAAGUUUCUGAAACAGAACAAAGAUGGGGAUCAAAAACUAUCGAAGGUUCAGGAAGAGUUGGACACAUAAGUGUAAGUGGACUUCGUAAAGAUGUGCAAAAAGAUGAUGAAAAAGCGAAGCAAGAAGAAGCAAAAACAGGACCAAAAGCAUCAUAUGGGUACGGAGGAAAGUUUGGUGUUCAGAAAGACCGAAUGGAUAAAUCUGCUGUUGAUAACACAUAUCAGGCAAAGCUUGCAGCUCAUACAUCCCAAGUUGAUGCAGCAAAAGGAUUUGGCGGGAAAUUUGGUGUACAGAAAGACAGAGUUGACAAAUCUGCUGUUGACUUCAGUUAUAAAGCCAAACUCGCAGCUCACGAAUCUCAAACAGACGCAGCUAAAGGUUUUGGUGGUAAAUUUGGUGUACAAAAAGACAGGAUGGAUAAGAGUGCUGAAACUUUCGAAUACAAAGAGAAGAUGAACAAGCAUGAGUCUCAAAAAGAUUAUUCUUACGGUUUUGGUGGGAAGUACGGAGUGCAACGUGAUCGACAGGACAAAUCAGCAUUGUCUUGGGAACAUCAAGAGAAAUUGCACAAGCAUGAAUCACAAAAAGAUUAUGCAACUGGUUUUGGUGGCAAAUAUGGAGUUCAGAAAGAUAGACAAGAUAAAGCAGCACAUGGAUGGGAUGAACAAGCACAAUUAUCUAAACAUGAAUCCCAAAAAGAUUAUACAACUGGUUUUGGUGGCAAAUAUGGAGUUCAGAAAGAUAGACAAGACAAAGCAGCACAUGGAUGGGAUGAACAAGCUCAAUUGUCCAAACAUGAAUCGCAGCAAGAUUAUACAAAGGGAUUUGGUGGAAAAUUUGGGGUACAGAAAGACCGUCAAGAUAAGACUGCUUAUGGAUGGGAAGAACAACAAAAAUUAGCGAAACACGAAUCACAGAAAGAUUAUUCAACUGGUUUUGGUGGAAAAUAUGGUGUUCAAACAGAUAGAAAGGAUGAGAAUGCUGGAACAUUUGAAGAUAUGUCUGAUGUUUCUUCUUCUUACAAAUCAACAAAAGUUGCUCCAAGUAGUGGGGGCACUGGAAACAUUCGGAAUAAAUUUGAGAAUAUGGCAGUACAACAAGAGGAAGAUGAACAGAGAAGGAGAGAAGAAGAAAAACAAAGACGAGCAGCCAAAGAUCAAGCUGAUAAAAAAGCUGCCGAAGAAAGGCAACAACGAGAAGCAGCUGCAGCUGAAAAUGAGGAACAUCAAAGGUAUGAAGAUGAACAGAGAAGACAGCAGGAGGAUGAGAGAAGAAGGCAAGAAGAAGAAGAAGAGUACAGGAGACAACAGGAGGAAGAAGCAAGAAAGAGAGAACAAGAGGCAGCAGCUGCAGCUCAACAACAACAAGAUGAUGCUUCGAAUGCUUAUGAAUUAGAACCUGCUGGAUAUGAAGCCGAAACUACAUAUGAGCCAGAACCUGAAUAUGCUUAUGGAGAUCCCCAGACUGAAUAUGUACCAGAGGCACAAGAAGAUCCAUAUGAAGAUACUGGUCCACCUGUGCAACAUGACCAACAACAAGCAUAUUCCACUGAUUAUAAUGAAGAUGAAAAUGCCUAUGAAGCCCUCGGAGCAGAUGAUGCAGCUUCACAACAACAAGCUCCACAACAACAAGGUGGAGAUGAAGGAUUAUGUGCUCGAGCUUUAUAUGAUUAUCAAGCAGCCGGCAGUGAUGAAAUCACAUUUGAUCCGGAUGAGAUUAUUACAAACAUUGAGCAAGUUGAUGAAGGAUGGUGGUCUGGAACUUGCCGUGGAGCUACUGGACUAUUCCCUGCCAAUUAUGUGGAGAUGAUGUAGUUUGCAUGUUUUUAUGAACAUGGGAAAUGGGAAAGAUAAAAGGAGAGGAUGAUUCGUGUAGCUCCCCGAUAUACUUCAUAUUAUAUGCAUAAUGUAUAGGCGUGUAAACUUAAUUAUCUUUUUAUGAAAUUAAAAGGCCAACUUUUCAGUUUUAUGGACUGUUAAUCGUCUAGUUUUUGCAACAUGUGUAUGAGCUUGUUGGUGUGUUGAGAUUUGUCUUUGCAAACAACAUCAAUGAAUGAUUUUGUUUUUUGAGAUUCAUGAUUUAAAAUUGGUGAAGCACAAUUUACAUUUUGCCAAAACUACCAACUCUGUGAUAGCUCAAACAUGCAAAACUGAUAUUUCUCAGACCAAAUACAUGUCAACCUGAAAAGCACUUCCACAUCCCAACUGGGGAUGCUUAAAAUGAAUUGAGUACUCGUGUCCUAUUAUUGAUUGAUUCUGAUGUAUAUGUUUUUAUAUUAAUAAAGUGUUUCCUAUAUCUUGUAUUCGGGAAAGAAACAUUCCACAUGUAUUAGUAAUCGGAACUAUUCUUGUGACUACUGCCUGUUACUUGUUUAAUUGUCGUUUUCAUCAUGUUCUCAUUAAUGCUUCCUGCUGUUCUAUCAUUAUUUCUAUAAAGUAAGGACAAUUAACUUAGCAAAGUAAUUAUCCAAAGGCACUUCAUACUACUAACUUGACCAUUGCAAUUGUGAGAUAAUCCGAUUGUCGUAAAAUCAUAGAAACACUUGAUAUUCAUUUUUGAUCGAAUACAAUCAGGACAAGACGUUAUAUCAGUGUAGUUUCUAUGCACAGCAUUUCACUGGAUGGUUUUUUACUUAUAUAUCGAGUUUGCGCUUGCAACAGGAGUAUUCGUUAUAAUUGUAAUGUAAUAAAAUGGUUUGUUUCUCUGGAUUGAAUAGGAAGCUCACAAGAAUUGUGAACGCUCUAUUUUGGUUUUUAUUAUGUUCUCUUAAUCAUUUUAUUAUUCUCAAUAUAGUUAAGGAAUCCUGAAUCAAAUGAAUUUUUUAAUCGCUUAUGUAAUCAAGUGGAUGUGUGUUAAAAUGUACAAAACUAAUUUGAAAGAAUGAGUAUGCUGUCGGAUGAGAUCUCGCUAACAUUUUUUUUAUUUCUAAUUUCGCUCAACUCUUUGUGAACUACAACAGAGUUUCAAAUAUUGCUUGAUAUCAAUUUUUCUAUAAGCAGAAUAUUUAAUUUGAAUUUUACAAUGUAUUGUUAUUAUUCUACUUAUUAUUGUUUAAGGUUCAGCGUUACCAGCUGCUUAUAUUCAACAUGGAAAAUUAUGUGUAAUAAAUCAAUAUCUCUGAAACGAAAGACA